ACUCCCCAGAUAUUUGGAGCUCCUCCUGCAUUUUUUCCUCCGGCCACGGCCAUUCAACUCCAAUCUCUCUCUCUCUCUCUCUCUCUCUCAUGGCCACAACAGUACGAUUCAUGCCUCUCUCUUCUUGUACAGUCCAUUCCAGCGAGCAAGCGAACUCGUACACUGUCUUUCUUCUUCCCUGGCCGGCUCGUCGGAGGAGGAGGAACAAGAAAUCGUCCGGUGGCGCAACAGCUCUUUGCCACUCGUCUUCCUGUUCCCACCAUUUGACGAAGCAGAGGAUAAAUCGCUUCCACCACACGAAGAAGGACCACGACCCGCCAUGGCUGCGCGCAAAACCCGCUCGCGCGAAGCAGAAGAGCGAAGCUGUGGAGGUUGCAGAAGAAGGGUCCAAGAAGAAGGGAACGAUGGCUGGUGCUAUUGCCCUGAUCGUCGGUACUAGCAUCGGCUCAGGAAUACUCGCACUCCCUAAGAAGGCUUCCUCUGCUGGCCUGUUUCCAAGUUCGAUAUGUAUGAUCUUGUGUUGGGCGUUUCUCUUGGUCGAAGCGCUUUUGCUGGUGGAGAUCAAUGUGAAUAUGCGGAAGAGAAAGAAGAAGAUAGAGAAAGGAGGAGAGGAUGAGUUGGAGGUCAUCUCUAUCAGGACAAUGGCUCAGGAGACAUUAGGAAAGUGGGGAGGCGGUUUCACGACUGUCACUUAUGUGUUUCUGGGCUACACCUCCAUGAUCGCAUAUUGUUCCAAGUCUGGCGAGAUCCUUUUCCAUCUUCUAAAUCUUCCAGCUUCAUUUGCGGGCUUCUUCUUCACCGCGCUCUUUGCAUUGCUCAUAUCAGUAGGAGGAACUCCAGCCACUGAUAAAGUGAACCAGUGGCUCACUGCUUCCAUGAUAGGUUUGUUGGUGGCCAUUGAGGUGCUUGCGGUUGUGCUCGGUGGAUGGUCGGGUUUUGGGGGAAGUGGAGACUGGGAAAAGGUUCCAGCGACAAUCCCCGUGAUGAUCUUUUCUCUGGUUUAUCACGACGCAGCACCUGUAAUCUGUGCUUAUCUUGGAGGCGAUCUGAAGCGUAUAAGGAACUCCGUUUUGCUUGGUAGUACUAUCCCAUUGCUUGCUUUGCUAAUAUGGGAUGCCAUUGCACUCGCUCUCUUGAACGAUGCAAAUCGAGUUUCUGAUCCUCUCGAUUUGCUGCUGAGCGUAAGAUGGAGUGGGGUCCCGUUGAUGGUGGAGGCUUUUUCGCUACUAGCCAUUGGAACGUCCCUAAUAGGUACUCUUCUGGGAUUCUCAGAGUUCUUCAAGGAGCAACUCACAAACUACGAGCUGCAGUCUCCUUCAGUACAGAUUUUGCAGGAACCAAAGGAGGUCUUUGGGGUGAGAAAGUGGUGGGACAGAAAGAGAAUUAGCUUUGCGUCGGUAGCGAUGGUCGUUGCUCCGUCUAUACUGGUGUCGACGACAGUUCCGGAUGCAUUUUCAGCAGCCACAGAUAUUGCUGGAGGGUACUGUAUGACGAUGCUAUACGGCGUUCUACCACCGGCGAUGGCUUGGGCUAUGCACCGUUCAGAAGAAUGCGACGACACCCAAAAGGGUGGACUAUCAAGAGCAAAGCCUGCACUCGUUGGAGUCGGUCUUUUUGCUUGCGGAAUCGUGAUGGAGCAAGUUCUUCAGGACCUGUUAGCAAUUAUACACCAAUAGCAGGACACACGAGAAGCCCCACAGACGAAGUUAAUCCUAGAAACUACAGUAGAUCAUCAUCGACAUCCUCGCCUCUUUUUAAGUUCAUUCUCCCGGAGGCAAGUUAGAUGACCUGUUGGUCGAUAAAUUGUCCAUCGAAAAAGAAGAAUCCGAGUUGAGAGACGCAGAUCGCAGGGGGCGGCGAAUCUGAGUAGCAGCAGCUCAGAUUCGCCUCAAUGUCAAUGAAUAAUUUUCUGCAGCGAGCAUGCAGUUGAGACAUACGAGUCUAGCUUUGAUUGUAUACGAUGUUCAACAGAUGAU